UCCCUAACUGUCUUCGGUCUGCGCUGCCCGAUGUCAACAGCGACCACAGGAGCAACGUAUAUAUAUACGUAUAUAACGUAUAUAUAUAUAUAUAGAGAGAGAGAGAUAUAUAUGCAUUUACAUACCACUUUAUUUUAAUACCAACACAGAAAGUACCGCAACUUCCGAUCGCUCUGGUAUCAACAUAGGAGGCUACGUGUCGCCUUGGCCAUUAGAGCUACGGACCAGUCGUCCACCUGCUGCGGAGCAAAGUUCGGACAGACUGACGGCUGUUCAGAACAUUCGAACAGAUACUUUGUUGAUUGUGAAAUAAAAGUGUUUUGGACUGAAACGAAGAGAAAAACCUUUGUCAACAGUGUGCCGUCCGUAGAAGAGAGACAGCGGUGACUGAGCUUGUUCAGCGUUGCGCAGGUAAGCCGCUCUUCUUCUCCGGCUGAUGUCUUAGAUCAUGAGUAUCCUGGGACCUCCGAUAAGGCAGGCCAAUGGGGUGGCCAGAUCUGACAGCAAGAUUAGCGCCAAGGCUCUAUAUGAGCAACGGAAGAAAUACUCCAACUCCAAUGUCAUCAUGCAGGAGACGUCUCAGUACCACGUGGAGCACCUGUCCACCUUCAUGAUGGACAAGACAGAGUCCAUUGCCACAGUGGACGAUGCUAUUAAGAAGCUGGUGCUGCUGGACUCUAAAGAGAAGAUCUGGACCCAGGAGAUGCUGCUUCAGGUCAGCGACAAGGCUGUACGGCUACUGGAUGUUGAUACACAGGAAGAGUUGGAGAACUUCCCCCUGCCUACGAUCCACCACUGUCAGACAGUGUUGAAUCAGACCAGGUAUCCAUCCGUCCUUCUGCUGGUGUGUCAAGACACUGAACAGCACAGACCUGACAUACACUUCUUCCACUGCGACGAGGUGGAGGCAGAGAUGGUCCAUGCAGACAUCGACAGCGCUCUGGGGGACAGCAAACAUGGGAAGAAGAUACGACCACAGACCUUGAAGGUGAACCAGGAGAAGAUGAAGCACCACAGAGAAUCCAUCAUCCCCCCCUCUUCGGCCCCCAAGGGGCCCCCCUCAGUCAAGGGCCGUGUGGCUGCCAUGAACAUGCAGGAUGUGGAGAGGCGAGGUUCGGCCCAGCAGGACCCAGAGUCCCAUGAGAAGCUGGCCCAGCGCAUUGAGAAGGACGUGCAAAUCCUGAACUGUUCCCUGGAUGACAUAGAGUUCUUUGUGGCUCGGCUGCAGAAGGCUGCGGAGGCGUUCUCUCAGCUCAACCAGCGCAACAAGAGUAAGAAGAAGAAGAAAGGCCCAGCAGAGGGAAUGCUGACCCUGAGAGCUAGGCCCCCCUCUGAGGCAGAGUUCAUUGAUAGCCUACAGAAACUUAAGCUGGCUUUCAACCUACUGGCCAAACUGAAGAAACACAUCCAGAACCCCAGCGCUUCUGAACUGGUGCACUUCCUGUUCGGCCCCCUGGACCUGGUGCUCCAGUCCUGUGGUAGCGUAGAGCUGCCCCGCUCUGUGGUCUCUCCUCACUUAUCCAGAGAUGCAGUAGACUUCCUGAGAGGUCAUCUGUCGCCUAAAGAAAUGACCAUCUUUGAACUGCUGGGAGAUGGGUGGACAAGACCUAGAGCGGACUGGCCACGGGACCAGUGUGCCUCUACCUACUUCCCUAAGUUCAGGAACGGGUGGGAGCCCCCAGCUGAGCUGUUCAGGACCGCCCCAUGGGAGACAGAGGGAUCAGGGGAACCUCCCAUGUCCUUCAUGUCCCACCCCAUGUCCCCACACAAGUCAGAAGAGUUUUUCGGAACCCAGUCUUCCAGCUCAUCAAAUGGGUCCUACAAUGGUCUGGCGUCCUCGUCCCGUAAAUAUGCUAAGAUCUGCUACCACUUUGUGGCCCGCAACGCCAACGAACUGUCAGUACUGCAGGACGAGGUGGUAGAGGUGAUAGAGGACGAUAAACAGUGGUGGAAAGUGAGGGACAGGAGUGGCCAAUCAGGAUACGUCCCCUCCAACGUCCUGGAAGUGGUCACACUAGAGGAACCACACGGCAUGGCUGAACCCCUCUAUAGCCAGGCUGGCCAGCCCUACAGCCCAACCUCUCCCUCCAGCUCUCUAGGUAGAGGGGAGAGCUUUGACAUGAGCCGCUCCAAAGACUCUCGGACACACCAGAUGGAUGAGGUGAAUGAUGAGUUGUUGAAGAGGAUCACCAGUAAUAAGUCCCAGCCUCCAGCCCGUAACUUCAGGGUGGAGCGCCCUUCAAGCAGCAGUUCCACGCUCCUCACUUUCAAUUCCAGCCCCCCGCAGGUUACCGCCUGGCUCAACUCCAAGGGAUUCUCUAAACCGACGGUGGAUUGUCUGGGGAUCCUGACAGGUGCUCAGCUCUUCUCUCUGAACAAGGAGGAACUGAAGGCAGUGUGUGGAGAUGAAGGAGCCAGGGUCUACAGCCAGACCACCGUGCAGAAAGCCCAGCUAGAGAAGAGCAGUGGGGAUUCAGAGCUCCAAGAGAUCAUGAGACGACGACAAGAGAAGAUCGAUGCCGGCAAGGACUGAUCUGGACAUGCUCACUGACUUUCAACCAAUCACAGGCCAGCCUGGCUGACUGUCAACCAAUCACAGCUUAGCAUGGCUGGUUACCAUAACAACCCUCUCCAGUACUAACCAACCAAAAAAGCCUUCCCCUCCCAAAGCGCCUACCCUUUCACAAACCAACUGUUUUUUUUGUUGUCAGAAAAUUGACAUUUAAUAUUGGCGUGUACUAUAAAUGUUGUUAUAUACAUUUUUUUUUAUUUUAUUGUAUAUUUAUUUUUUAUUGUUUUGUGAAUGUGAAUGUUUACUUCAAUGAUGUUCUCUGGUAAUUAUGACUGCUUCUCUGUCUGACACUAACCACGUUUCCAUCCAAACAUUUCAUGCGGAUGAAUUACCUGACACAUGAAAGAAGUUACGACUGGGCUUAUGGAAACAUUAAAUACUGGUACAUUUGUAGAAAUGCCGAGCGUAAAUUUGUUCGUUCGACAUGGCGGGAUGUUUUUUGUGUCGGUAAAAUUAAUUAUGCAAGAAAUGGUGGUGGAAAUGCCUUUAUACUUAAAUAUUGAUAUAAAUAUAUUGACGUCAACUUGGAGUCAGGCGAUGAUAUGUUGUGUAGUCCUCCCCACUACGACUCGGGAAACCACGCAGUUUAUUAGGCUACAGGGUGGUGAUGAGCUUGAUGCGCCUUUCCAAACCAUAUCGAUGGUCUUAUUCCAGUGACAUGUUGAUAGAUACUUGGCUGCCGUUUGACAAAAUAAAAAUAAAAAAAUCGCUUUUAUCCAUAAAUCAUCUCAUAAUGCACUGCAUUUGCGAGCUGUUGGCUAGAGACCAGAGUGGACACAUUCGCUAUAUAACACAUCUCUCUUCUUUUUGUGAUAAAACCAUCGAAGAGUUGAAAAUGCGAUGGAAACCCAAUUAACUUCUAUUGGGAAUUUAACAGAAAAAGUAUGUUUUAUGUGAUGAGGGACCAUUAAUAUCUGGCCACUGUCUCUUAACUUUGUAUCGUGAUGAAGGACCAUAUUCAUUUUGAGUGAGUAUGUGUUUUCUGGCUUUUAUGUCUCCCAUGUUUUAUCUCCAGGGAUUUAUUGAAGACAUUUUUUUUAGGGGGGGGGGGGGGGGGGGGGGGGGUAAAAUCAAAUCCAUAAAGGUCCUCAAUGUAUAUUGUCAAAUUGGAUGUUAAUGUUCACAUAACGGAUGAUUCCAACCUACAGUAGUAGUACAAUGUUAUACCUUAUAAUAAGUAGUGCUGUAUGUACGUUUUGAGUUUUCUGAAUUUUAUUCUCAUAUCCAGUCACUCAUAAUUGCAGCUGUUCAACUAAAUACACUUCUGUAAUUCAGUUUACAUAUUCUAUAUUAUUAAAUGCAAUAUCUGUAAUUCAGUUUACAUAUUCUAGAUUACUAAAUGUGAUACUCUAAUUCAGCUUAUAUAUUCUAUAUUACUAAAUGUGAUACUCUAAUUCAGCUUAUAUAUUCUAUAUUACUAAAUGCGGUACUGUAAUUCAGCUACAUAUCCUAUAUUACUAAAUGCGGUACUGUAAUUCAGCUACAUAUCCUAUAUUACUAAAUGUGGUACUGUAAUUCAGCUACAUAUCCUAUAUUACUAAAUGUGGUACUGUAAUUCAGCUACAUAUCCACGGUCUAUAUGAAGUACGCUUUACAUGUACAAUAUUAAUCCAAUCCAAUAUUUCUGUUCUGUGUUCAUGUUUUUUCCUCCAAUAAUAAACCCAAGGUCGAAAUUCAAA